AUGGAGAACUUUCGUAAGGUGCACUCCGAGGAGGCGUCGGUGGGGAACGGGGCGGAGGGGGGCGGCCCGGACUCCGGCCCCUUUGCCGACCUGGCGCCGGGCGCCGUGCAUAUGAGGGUCAAGGAGGGGAGCAAGAUCCGGAACCUGCUGGCCUUCGCCACCGCCAGCAUGGCGCAGCCAGCCACGCGCGCCAUCGUCUUUAGUGGCUGCGGUCGGGCCACCACCAAGACCGUCACGUGCGUUGAGAUCCUCAAGCGCCGCCUGGCGGGCCUGCACCAGGUCACGCGGCUGCACUACCGGAGCGUGCGCGAGGUGUGGCAGAGCCCCCCGCCAGAGCCCACCCUGGGCCAGCCACCCGGGGAGCCGCCCGCCAGUCUCAGCGUGCUCAAGAAUGUGCCCGGACUCGCCAUCCUACUUUCCAAGGACGCGCUGGAUCCGUGCCAACCAGGUUACCAGCCCCCGGACCCACAUCCUAGCCCCCCGACCUUGUCAGCUGCACCGACGUCCAAGAGGAUCCGAGGGGAAUCUGCAACUGAAGGAGCCUCCGCAAAGCGCUUCCAACCUGAACCAGGGACAAGGAAGGAGGACUCAACCGCCUGA